AAGCGUCGCAAACAAAAGUAGCCAAUGAGAGAAGGAGCUUGGAACGAACCUACCAUCAUGCCUGCUGCUGCACUCCCUCCCGUCGAAACCAUAAAUGGCCUGAAUGAAAAUGGCAUCAGUGCAUAUAACAUUUGUCUCGAGUUUGAGAAGUCGGCCCCAGCCGGUAGCGUUGCGCUGAUGCACGCAAGGAUACUGGGCUACUUGAUUAUCCAUUCCCCCUCCCCCUCCGCGCGUCAUGAAGUCGUCAAGGUGAUACAUUCGUGCGCACAGGACCACGCAAAGCUGUCCCAACUCGGGCAGACUUUCCUCAACUAUUUCAUCCGUCCCUUCAAGAAGUUCAAAGGUCGGACGCCCGCCCCCUCAGAUCAUCCGUCACGCCCGUCGUUUGAUGUACUCAAGAGGGAUUUGAGGUCUAAAAUUCGGGAGGCACCAAAAUCCCAUACAGAAGCAAAGGAUCUCGCUCUUGUCCGAGACGGGUUUCGGUGUGUAGUGACCGGCUCCUAUGAUCACAACACAGUUGAAGAAACUUCGGCUUCCACCGACGAAAUUGGGGAAGCAGGCACCGUGUACACACGGUGCGCACACAUUGUGCCGGAAUCCACGUAUUUUAACGUAUCUGACCAAGGCCCGAGCAACACAAAGCUCGACUAUGCCGCUUCAGUGCUAGCAGUUUUAAAGCGUUUCGGCUACGACAUUGAACAAACCAAUGGUACUAAAGUACAUUCUCUUUACAAUGUCAUGACCAUGGAAGGUAAUGUCCACGACUGGUUUGAUCGCUUGGAAAUCUGGUUUGAGAAGACGAAAACCCCAAAUUGUUACAAACUACAAAAUCUUUAUCCUAAGUACCGACGGCGAUUACCGGCGGAGGUAACAUUCACCACCCCAGAUCAAGAGAAUCUGCCCGUCCCAUCCGAGACACUCCUCAGUCUGCAUGCUGCUUGUGCCAAGGUCGCGCAUCUUUCCGGGGCAGCCGAAUACAUUGAUAAGCUUGACCGUGAUGUGGAAGACUUGAGUGUAUUAGCAUAUAAUGGAAGUUCGGGUGAGGUAUUAAGGAACGCCCUCUUGAAUCACAUGAAUCAAGUUGUUGGCGUUGGCGCUUAAAAAUGCCGUGGGAGAUAUAUACCUGUUACGAGUCGGCCUGUAGCCCGAUACUUUUACCUUGUUCCUUAAUAUCGAAUUAUGAGAAGCCGACGAGGAUCUUCAAGACCGUUGAACACGGUCACCCAAGGCGAGCCACAAGUACGGCCGGGGCAUAGGGGGAUGAAAAUACGUACUGCUGUCAGCGAACACUGCAGAUUAGACAGCAAGUAUAAUGCAUCCGUGUCAUUUUCAUGAUUCGUUAAUACGGAAGUUGUGAACCUGAUGAGAACAUAACACUCAAAACACAGUGAACAAAAUGCGAAGUAAUUGCAGGUUGCUAUUAUCCGAAAGGUUUUUGACAUCCUUCUCGAGAAAGAAU